AUGCCUCCCAAGUACAUGUCUGGAUAUCAAAAGAAGAAAAGAAAGCUGAGAAUAGAAUCAUUAAUUCAAAGUCAAGCUGGAGAUAUCAAUAAGUACUUUACUCCCAAUCUUGUAGAGAGUAAAAAUGUGGCUGAAAAUUUGCUGAAUAACGAAGAGGAUAUGGGAUUAAAUGAUAAUGAUAAAGUGCUUGAACCUGUCAAUAUGGAUGAAAUGGUUAACAAUAAUAAUGAAGAGGUUCUUGAACCUCUCAUUGUAGAUGAAUCUAAUUUUUUUGAGAAAGAUGAUGAGCAAGUUCAACAUGAAACUUUAAGUCAAGAGACUUGUUCUAAUGAUCCAGGAAAGUGGGAUAAUAUUGAUAAAAAAAUUAGAGACUUUUUGGUGGAGAGAGGUCCAAAGAGAGAUGCUUGUACGUUGUUUCCAAAAGAUAGUACCAACAGACAUUUUAAUGUAUUGCAUUAUAAAAGAAUUUUGUCAAACGAGGAGGAAAAUGAUAGAAGAUGGCUAUUAUAUUCAAUUUCUUUGGACAAAAUUUUUUGCUUUUGUUGUAAACUAUUCAAAAAGCAAAAACACAAGAUUGGUACUCAGUUAGCUAAUGAAGGAUUCAACGACUGGCAUAAUUUGAGUCGUUAUCUUACAACCCAUGAAGCGAGUAAGGAGCAUAUGGAGUGUAUGACUGAUUGGCUUGAAUUAGAAAGAAGGUUGCAAAAGAAUAAGACAAUUGAUGCAAGAGCACAACUACAAUUGAACAAAGAAAAAGAACACUGGAAACAUAUGUUACACAGGAUAAUUGCUAUUGUGCAAAGACUAGCAAAAAAUAACUUGGCCUUUAGAGGAAGUUGUGAGAAGCUUUAUGCUGAAAACAAUGGUCUCUUUCUGCAAAUGGUUGAAACGAUUGCUGAGUUUGAUCCAAUAAUGAAUGAGCACCUUCGGCGUAUUAAAGACCAUGAAACUUAUACUACAUAUCUUGGUAGCAGAAUUCAAAAUGAAUUGAUAGAAAUGUUGGCAGGUGAGGUAAGAAAGAAAUUACUUGCAAAAGUCAAAAAGGCAAAAUACUUUUCAGUCAUCUUAGAUUGUACUCCAGAUAUUAGUCAUAAGGAGCAAAUGUCUCUUGUCAUACGGUGUUUGGAUGAGUCAGAAAAUUCAACAAAAGUGAAAGAAUACUGGAUAGAAUUUUUAGAGGUGGAUGAUACUUCUGGGCUUGGACUUUUUAUGCAUCUUAAGGAUGCUUUAAUCCAUCUUGAGCUUGAUAUUGAUGAUAUACGAGGUCAAGGAUAUGACAACGGAUCUAACAUGAAAGGGAAACACAAAGGUCUACAAAGAAGAUUGCUUGAAAUAAAUCCCAGAGCCUUUUAUACUCCUUGUGGUUGUCAUAGCCUUAAUUUGGCAUUAUGCGAUAUGGUGAACUGUUGUCCUCAAGCUAUGUCAUUUUUUGGAGUAAUACAACGCAUUUAUACAUUAUUCUCCUCUUCUACGAAGAGAUGGAGAAUUUUUAAAGAUCAUGUAAAGGGUUUGCCAGUUAAGCCAUUGUCACAAACACGCUGGGAAAGUCAUAUUGAGAGCGUGAAACCUAUAAAAGAAUAA